AUGCACCGUACCUACUCUCUGCGCCAGACUCGGGCCCCGACGGCCUCCCAGCUACAGAACCCCCCGCCUCCUCCGUCUACGACCAAGUCUGGGCGCUUGUUUGGCAAGGGAAGCUUGAGCCAUGCUCUGCGUCGCAACGCCGGCGGCGCCUUUGGGCCCGACCUGGCUAAGAAGCUGGCUCAGCUAGUCAAGAUGGAGAAGAAUGUCAUGCGCAGCAUGGAGAGCGUCGCCAGGGAGCGCAUGGAGGUUGCCCAACAACUGUCCCUCUGGGGCGAAGGUGGCGAUGAGGACGUCUCCGACGUCACCGACAAGCUGGGCGUCUUGCUCUACGAGAUCGGCGACCUGGAGGAUCAGUACGUCGACCGCUACGACCAGUACCGCGUGACGGUCAAGAGUAUCCGCAACAUCGAGGCCUCUGUCCAGCCUAGCCGUGACCGCAAGCAAAAGAUCAUCGAUCAGAUCGCCCAGCUCAAGUACAAGGAGCCCAACUCGCCGCGCAUCGUCGUUCUAGAGCAGGAGCUGGUGCGUGCCGAGGCCGAAUCGCUGGUGGCCGAGGCGCAGCUGUCCAACAUCACGCGCGAGAAGAUCAAGGCCGCCUACUCGUACCAGUUCGACGCCCUGCGCGAGCACUCGGAGAAGGUGGCCAUCAUCGCCGGGUACGGCAAGCACCUCCUCGAGCUCAUCGACGACACCCCCGUCACCCCCGGGGAGACGCGCGCCGCGUACGACGGCUACGAGGCCAGCAAGGCCAUCAUCCAGGACUGCGAGGACGCCCUGACCAACUGGGUCACGGCCAACGCCUCCGUCUCCUCCAAGCUGUCGACCCGCUCGCGCACCCUGUCCCAGCGUCGCCGCUCCAACAUCCAGGCCCGUAACGAGGGUCACGGCCACGGCCACGGCCAUCACCACAUCGGUCAGGGACACGACCUCGCCUCCCAGGAUGCGCCCAUCAACGACGGGAGCUCCUGGGUCGCUGCCCCCCGUGGCCGCGACGGAGACCUCGACAGCGAGGAUGACGACGAAGUCGACGACCGCGACCAGCACGACUCGGUCCUCGACAGUGACGGCGGACUGCGUGCCGACAACCGUGGGCGGACCCAGGAGGCUGUGAUUUAG